UUUGUCCCAUUUUGAACGCAAGAGCAGCUCCGAAGAGAAAGGUGACGGGAUGUUCUCCAAACUGCAGAGAUUUCAGUCCAGUUUAACAAUUGGAAAACGACUGUAUCAUAAAAUUUCUCGCGAAGCUUUCGAGGCGCCGGAUUUGAAAGAGACGGUGACGAGCAGUUUUGGCUCAUUUAUCUCCGGAGUGGAUGUUGAUCAUCUCUCGCAGACGGUUUUACAGAGGAGCAGACGCAUGAUCCUGGACAACAUUGGAGUCGGAAUCCUGGGCAGCACCAGCCCAGUGUUCGAUAUUUGCCUCAAUUACUGCCAGCAAAUGUACGCUCACGACCCAGUCAGCUCAGUGUACGGACGCAAGGACCUUAGACUUUCUCCGACUCUGGCAGCUUUCGCCAAUGGGGUCGCGGCGCAUUCAAUGGAUUUUGAUGAUACCUGGCACCCUGCCACACACCCGUCUGGGGCUGUACUUCCCGCCCUCCUGGCUGCCACCCAAAUGUUACCUACAAACGCCAAACCCACUGGACUCGACUUUCUCUUGGCCUUUAAUGUGGGCGUUGAAAUUCAGGGCAGGUUAAUGCACUUCUCUCAAGAGGCGAGCAACAUCCCUAAGAGAUUUCACCCUCCCAGUGUGGUUGGGACAAUGGGCAGUGCCGCAGCGAUAGCCAAAUUCCUUUCACUAAAUGCCAAUCAAUGUGUUAAUGCCCUAGCUAUUGCAGCUUCACUCUCAGGGGCACCAAUGGCCAAUGCAGCCACUCAGGCAAAACCCAUCCACAUUGGCAAUGCCAGCCGACUGGGCUUUGAGGCAGCACUUCUUGCUUCUAAAGGAAUGGAGGGAAAUGUGAAAAUUCUAGACAAGACUCUUGGCUGCUUUGGAUUUUCUGCCUUUUAUGGUGACUAUGAACCUCAGAAGAUUGCUCCACUUGAACAGACACGAUUUCUGCUUGAGGACCAAGAUAUUGCAUUCAAGCGCUUCCCUGCUCAUUUGGGUAUGCACUGGAUAGUAGAUGCUGCUCUCUCAGUUAGGCAAUUGGCAACUGCAAAUGAUGGUGCCUUUUCACCCUCUAUGAUUGACAGAAUAAUUCUGCGUGUCCCUGUUUCCCGUUACAUCAACAGACCAUUUCCAGAAACAGAACAUGAGGCUCGCCAUUCCUUCCAGUUUAAUGCCUGCUCUGCAUUGUUGGAUGGUGAAGUGAACAUCGAAUCAUUCAGAGAAAGUAAACUCCAGCGAGAUAAUCUCAAUGAGUUACUUGACAAAGUGGAGCUUCAACAUCCUGAAGAUAAUGUGGCCAGUUUUGAGAAGAUGUACGGAGAAGUAGUUCUCAUUCUGAGGAACAGAGAUGUGCUCAGGGGAAGAUGUGACACAUUCUAUGGACACUGGAGAAAUCCACUGUCCAGAGAAUCACUACUUGACAAAUUCAAAAGUAAUGCUUCUUAUGUAUUGGAACAGGACAAAAUAGAAGCUAUCAUCAACACAGUUGAGAAUCUUGAAAGAGUGAGGGAUAGUUCCACAUUAACCUCUUACUUGCAGUGAAAAUGUUCAAGUUCCUUGUGAACUCAUGUUUAAAUGUGAUUUAACAAAUUGAUCAUGUGUUUUUCAUGUAUUUUUAUGUUUGAUAUAUAAUGUGCAAUCUGUGCAAUAGGAUUUACUUAAACUAUUGAGAUUGACAUUGUUGGCAUUACAAUCAACUCUUGCAAUAGGACAAAACUUUGUUAAACAGAUUGGUCAGCUGUAUGAUAUCUGGCCAAUUCUCUGGGAAUAGGGGAAUCACUUUAAUGUCUUUUACAUUUAGGACAAUAACACAAUUAUUGAGAUGCAUACAAGACAGAUUCUGAUAAGAUGUCAGAGAAAUAGAGUGAUAAUCUGUGAGAUGCAGCAAAUUGCUAAAGAAAUUAUCCCUCAGGUAGCAAACAGGCUGUAGUCAUGAGGUAAUUUGCUUUUGGAGAGAUAGUACGCCGUUCACUUUUGAGGCUUUUUAUUGACUCAUAAUGAUAUGCAGGAAUAAAUUUCCCAAAUCUAGUGAUAACGAAGGAGGAAGGUUGUUAUCUUUGUUAGCAAAGACAAUUUCUUGUAUGAAGUUAUUUUUUGCAUGUUCAAAUGUCUCUGGAUUGCAGACAUGCAUGACUUAUCACAAUGUGAGAAAGGAUGAAUUUUCUGACCAUGUUGAGACUGUCCAAUCUUUUCCAGUUCAUUUCUUCUCCUUAUCUUCUUCAGUUCUUUGCUGUUUGAAGGAAACAAAUAUGAUUACUUAAGAUUGCUCUCCCCAGGUAAUAUCUUCUUUUGUAUUUUUCUCUCAGCGAGUGCUGCAUUUUUUGAAAAGACUGGUAAUGGCCUCAAAAAUGGGGCCAAUAGAGUUAUUACCAGUUAAACAUGAAUGAUUGGUCUAUUGAAAUUGCCAUAGAAGCCUAUCAUCAGAUGUCUUCUUUGGUUAAGCAUUUCAAGGUCCUGUGAUCCCUGGAGGAUCAUUCCUGAUGAAGGCUUAUGCCCAAAAUGUUGAUUCUCCUGCUCUUCAGAUGCUGCCUGACCUGCUGUGCUUUUGCAGCACCACACUCUUGACUUUGAUCCCUGGAGCACCUGGUCUGAUUUUUAUGCAGGAAUUGUGCACUGAUGGAAAGUUCCAUGAGUGAAGCAGUUGAAGCAAAAAUGAUUUCAAUGAAUCUGGGCUGUUGGAAUCAUGCCCAUGGAUAAAUUUACAUUUGGUUUGCUGUGAGCUGCCCUAGCCCAAAAAGGGUUCACCUGCAUUAUCACUCAUUUGCUGUUCCUUAGCUCCCUGAUUUGAUGUAAAUGAGAUGGAAGCCUCAAAAGACUAUUAUCUUUUUUGAAACUGUAAUGGGUAGCUGACCAGUAGGCCCCACCAACUGGCCAGCCAAAAAUCAAAAUUGACUGCUAUAUCUAUACUGAAGAACCAUUGUUCCUGUUUCCUGAAGAUGUUUGAAUAUUUAGAAUUUCCAGGGUAGUCUUGGAACACUUGCAAAUAAAGCCUCGGAACUAAUUUUGAACCAAGCCAUUGGGAAAGUGAAGCCUUCACCGCAUUUGAUUGCGGUUUAUAAAAGUAGGGAAACAAGGUUCUGCUGAAAGCACAGACCAUUUUCUCAAGUUUUCCUCUCUCUCAGGAGUUUCAACUUGCUGGUCUUUCUCACUUGCUCUCAUACAUUUUGAUGCUUGCACAUGCAUGCAAAAAUGAUAAUUGACAAAUUUAUUUAAUAGACAGGAAUAUAGAAAAGUUUGAGAACAUUUUGUUCACGUUACAUGAUACCCUCAUAAUUAGGUAAGAAGACACUUAUAGAUCAUCACAGAUUGUGUUGCAUCAUGUGGAUGGCUAGGAUCUACACUGUCAUUGGGCACUUGUAAUGCUUGUUACCUCACAAAUUGUGAUUCUGCUAGAACUCAGGGUGCAUUUAAAGUCCAAGUUUAGUUUUGAAGCAUAGACAUUGAAGCUUCAGGUUGAUAUUAAAUUUCUGCAAAAUUGGGUGUUAAGGCCUCAAUGGAUGCUAAACAGAAGAGGAGCGAAACAUUUUUCUGCAGCAAAUUUUAUUUCACUUAAUUGCAGGUGUCCAGCCAAGCUCUGGCUCUAGAUUAAGUUUGAAUUCACCCCAUAACUUCAGUGUGGGUGAAAGGAAAACUGAUUUAAACUAAUCUACAGUUAUAUUGUAGGUGCAUUAAUUCUAUUCCAAAUGUAUCACAUCAUAUUCUGUAUAUUUUUAAUGUAAUUCAAU